AUGGCUGGCACAUUAUCUCUAUGCCCAUACAUCAAAAUGCACAGAAAAAAUGCUUCUGCUUCUUGGCUGGCUAUGUCUUUAUGGAUUGACCAUGUUCACUUUGGUCACAUCCCAGACAAACCACUCCACCACCUGCAGCAGCACACGUACAUGAUCAGUAAAGGCGCCAACAUCACCAAACCCCGCUGCCAACGCCAAUGCGGCAACAUCACCGUCCCAUACCCAUUUGGGAUUGGAACCGGUUGCGCCAUUGACAGCUGGCUUGAGAUCAAUUGCAACACUUCUUUCAACCCUCCCAAGCCAUUCAUAGGUGGCGUUGAGGUUCGAGACAUAUCCGACUCCCAGGUUCGCAUUACCAACGUCGUGGCUAACAAGUGCUAUGACCGAUUGGGUGCGUUGACCCAUGAAUACAUAGCUUGGACCAAUUUAUUAAGCUCAAGCCCAUACAGCUUCUCCGACGCAAAUAAGUUCACAGUCAUCGGCUGCGACGAUUUGGCAUUGAUUACUGGCUCAGAGUCAAAGGGACGUAAUUUCACCAGUGGGUGUGUGUCCGUCUGUGCCAAAGCCGAGGACGUGCUUGGUGGCUAUUGUUCUGGCAUGGUUGUUGCCAAACAUCCAUGCCUAAGGAACCACACCACGGUCUGGUCCUUUGAUCCUUGCAGCUAUGCGUUUCUUGGGGAAGAGAACGCCUUCACGUUUCGCGGUGCAUCGGAUUUCUUGGAUCCAGACUUCAUGAACAAAACUUUGUCUACUGUCCCGACAGUGCUCGACUGGGUGAUCGGGAAUCUGAGUUGUGCACAAGCCAAAGCUGCAAAUUAUUAUGCUUGCCGAGGGAACAGUUAUUGUAAUGACUCGGAUAGUGGUUUUGGAGGUUAUCGUUGUAGCUGCAAUCAAGGUUAUGAGGGCAAUCCAUACCUAAGCCCAGGUUGCCAAG